UGUUGUCCCUGCACUGUCCUUGUUCUCAAAAUAAGUCGGCAUCGCCGCACUUGUGACCGAGCCAGUGCUUGCUUGCUGGAUGGAGGUGGCGCGCGGCGCGACACGUCUCGAAAUUGUUCCUCACAAAAUGAAAGUGAAGGCCUUGCAUUGGAUGCCGCUGUGUUUCACGGACCUCCUUGCUUGACGUUUUGACACGGGCGCUGGCAAUCAGAGACUCGCUGGGAGAAGAUUUUCAGCCAAUGCGAGAAUUUAAGAAGCGGUUCAAGAAAUCACCCCUUCUGGCUGGAGCUUCAAUCAGUGCCUGGGACCCACUCCUCUGUAAUUACCUCGGCGGGUGGCGUACGGAAGGUGGGGAAAGUGACGGUUGAGUGACAGCGCCAUGACGACCUUCCGUUUCGGACAGCAUAUCAUCAAGGCCUCGGCUGUCUUCCUUCAAACAGAGCUGUCGUUCGCAUUGGUCAACCGAAAACCGGUGGUUCCAGGACAUGUUUUGGUGUGUCCGCUGCGCCCCGUGGAGCGCUUCCGUGACCUGCGGCCAGACGAGGUGGCCGACCUCUUCAGCACCACCCAGCGCGUGGGCCGCGUCGUGGAGCAGCAUUUCCACGGCACCUCGCUGACCAUCGCCAUACAGGAUGGCCCCGAAGCCGGACAAACUGUGAAGCAUGUCCAUGUCCAUAUACUACCGAGGAAGGCCGGGGACUUUGAAAAAAACGAUAGUGUCUACGAUGAGCUCCAGAAACAUGACAAGGAGAAUGAAGACGUACCUUCCAAGUGGCGCACAGAGGAAGAGAUGGCUGCAGAAGCUGUGAUCUUAAGAGACCUCCUUAGUUAGGAGGUUAUGGAACGCUGUCUGGGCCAAACAGCAUCAGUACUUCGUCGAUAAUGCAGCUGGAGAGACUCAAAAGCUCAUACGUUUUUGUCCAUCUGCGGUACCGCAAAAAAAUUGUUUUUGUUUUCAUCAUGGCUUAAUAAAGCACUGGCUGUGCGCUGAUGUUUUGUU